UAUAAUUUGAGACAGAUGAAGUAUGUACUAGGUAGAGUAUAUAUCUAAUAAGUACAUAAACAUGUAUGCAUCUAGAAAAACCAAAAUAUCUUAUAAUACAGAAUGGAAAGACUAAUAACCAGACCCUGUUAGCUAGGCUAAAUCCUUGCAUUUUCGGUUGGAGUUGCUUCAAGGCCUCGUUUGGUUGCUCUCAGUAAAGUUUAACUCCCGUCACAUCGAAUAUUUAAACACAUACAUGAGGUACUAAAUAUAAACUAUUUACGAAAACGUAGCUAGAGAGUAAUUUGCGACACGAAUCUUUUAAACCUAAUUAGUUCAUAAUUAUAUACUAAUUAAUUGCUCAAUAAGACCAAAAUACUACAGGACUUAUUAAACUACCAACCAAACACCCUUAAGCUAACUAGCGAAGCAGCUAACAUCCCCUGGUGCAUGGAGAUGGAGACGCAGGAUAGCACGCAUGCCUGGAGGGGCGUUCCUGACCCCGCGAAAGCCGAUGGCUAGGAGCGACACAUCUGACUAUCUCAGAUCCGCGCGCGCCUCAGUUGUCGGGUUCAAGCGAAGCGAUGGACCAAAAUAGCUCUGGUGAUCGGCAUGGACACAGAUUAGCUAGCGGCUAGCGCAUGAAUGAAUGAAUCAAGAAAGAAAAGCAGCAGCAAGAAGAAGAAGAAACAGUACGUGUACGUGGCGCGGUGAAGCAGAAGCACCCGCCGGCAAAUAAAAGCAGCGCGUAGCGAGCGAGAGAGAGGCGAGGCGGCCAUGCAGGCGGUGCGGACGCGGCCGGAGCAGCUCGCGGCGGAGGCGGCGGUGGUGGAGGCGACCCCGCACGGGAGCGCGCGGUCGUGGAGCCCCGAGGCGGAGAUCGGCAUGCGCGUGGAGGACAUCUGGGACAGCCUUGACGUGCAGCAGCGGCAGCUGAGCCACGGCGACAAGCUCAACAGCUGCUUCGACAGCAUCCCCGUCGCGUCCUUCCCGCACACCUUCGACGGCGCGCAGCUGGUGGAGAUCCCCUCCGACGCCACGCUCGCCGAGGCCGUCGACAUCCUGUCCCGCAACAGGAUCAUCAGCGCGCCCGUCAGGAACGUCGACGCGCCCGAGGACGCCAGCUGGAUCGACCGCUACAUCGGCAUCGUCGAGUUCGCCGGCAUCGCCGUCUGGCUGCUCCACCAGUCCGAAGCCGCGGCGAAGGCCGACGACGUAGGCGCCGACGAGCUGGCAGCGAAGCUAGGCACCGUCACGCUGGAGGGCGCCGUCGCCGCCGCCGCCGUCGCGUCCAAAGUGGCGGCGGCGGCGGAGUCUGAAGGAGCCAUCGCGGAAGUCUUCGGGGCCCUGCCGUCGUCGGACCUGUUCAACAAGACGAAGGUGAAGGACAUCUCCGGGUCGUUCCGGUGGGCGCCGUUCCUGGCGCUGCAGAGCUCCGACACCUUCCUCACCAUGCUGCUGCUGCUGUCCAAGUACCGGAUGAAGAGCCUGCCCGUGGUGGACAUCGGCGAGGGCACCAUCAGCAACAUCAUCACGCAGGCCGCCGUCGUGCACAUGCUCUCUGAGUGCGUCGGACUCCUCUGGUUCGAGGAGUGGGGCACCAAGACGCUCUCCGAGAUCGGCCUCCCCAUCAUGAGGCUCAGCAAGAUCGUCAAGGUUCGCGAGGACGAGCCGGCUCUCAAGGCCUUCCGGUUGAUGAGGAGAAAAGGGGUCGGAGGCAUACCGGUGGUGGAUGAUAGCGGCAGGGCGGUAGGCAGCAUAAUGAUCAAGGAUGUCAAGCAUCUCCUAACGGCAUCGGAGACAAACAGAGACUACAGGACCCUAACAGCAAAAAAAUUCAUCGCGAAUGCGAGGCAGAGCUCCGGCGAAAGGCAAAUGAGCAUCAUAACGUGCAGUAGAGGGGACAGUAUCAAGGACAUAAUACUGAAGCUGGAUGCAGAGAAGAGGCAGAGGAUCUAUGUGAUCAACGAGGAAGGGAACCUGGACGGCUUGAUCACCCUCAGAGAUAUAAUCGCCAAGUUGGUGUAUGAACCGCCUGGCUACUUUGGGGACUUCUUCAAUGGUGUUAUCCCUCUACCAUCGAAUAGCAGGGUCUGAAAAAGUUUAGUCAGAUCAGGAAAUCUUUUUUUUUACCAUGCUCUCUGUUUAUUCCCCUUCUCUGUAGAAUUUGGUACACUUACUUUCCAUUUCUAGUGUCCAUAAAUUUUUAGUGAGCUUCCUUCGUCUAUAAUUAUCACUUAUGUAGAUGAAUAAUGAUAGCUUGUCCUAAUGCUUCCAUGUGUGUCUC